AUGCACUCUACUGGGGAGCUCCUGGCAAAGUUAAGAGCGCUGCCUGCGUUUUGUAUUAAACCAGUCAUUUCAUAUGCACUAUAUCAAGUAAAAACAGGUAGUUUACCUGUUUAAAGUAGUAUACUAAUAAAUUCUCCCUUGCAGCUUCAGACCGGUACCUAUAGACUCCUAGUUCAAACACAGCACCUGAAGAUCUCACGCAGUUCUAUGCAUAGCUCACCUUUCUACACCCAGCUGGGCAUGGAGGAGAGAGAAUAGGUGCAGUGUAUGAAAGCUGCAAACAAGGGAGCCCUUUAGUCAUUAAUUUCUUUCCCCAAUAAUGAGUUUGGAAUCUAUAUGUACCUAUUUGAUUUUUUUUUCUAAAACUUCAAAUGAGCUGCUGUUUUCUUCCAUGAAAUACUGUAUGCUCGAUUGUGUGUAAAAGAAGCUGGUGAGAGUGCCCUCCUACAUAAAUAAGCAAUUGCAGUGUUUUUGCAUGCAAAAUUUAAGACUUAAAUGGUCCUGAUUAUAUUUUGUAAAUGGAGAAACAAUCAUAUCUUUCUAAGCAGUAAUGGAGGAAGACUAGUGCUUUGUGCAUUUUGAUAUAUCUGAGUUCAUUUUUCCACAAUGUCAUAUUUUUGACACAAUUGGGUUUCUCAUAAGUAUCCUAGUUCAUGUACAUCCGAAUGCUAAAUAAUACUGUGUUUAAGUUUUGUGUUGCAAGAACAAAUGGAAUAAACUUGAAUUGUGCUACA